AUGUCUCCACAUACUAUCAAACACACUCUUGUGUUAGUUUUCUUCCACUUGAUCGUGCUUGCAUGUGCUAUCAAUGCGCUUCCUUCAUCUUAUCGAUACUAUGCCUAUGACGAAGUUAAUGUAAACAUGUCAGUUGCUUUCGUUAAUAAUUACAUGUCAGCAAUAAUUUGGAAGGAUGUUAGCAGGUCGAAUAAUAUUACAUCUAUGGAGGAUGUAGAGCAUGUAAUGAAGAAACAGAAUUCAUUGAAAAUAGUAUUUAUUUCAUCCGAAACUAAACUAAACAAAUUGUGGACCGGUGUGAGUAACAGCUUCUACAAGUCAAAUAUUGUGAAAAUUUACAGUAUUGAGAAGGGAUCAUGUUUUAGAUAUCAUGUUCUCGAAGACUUUGAUAUUAUUCUUGCUAAUAGAAACUUAUUCUUGGAAAGGUUUAGAAUAUUCAAGAAAUCAACUGGUAACAGAAAGCCAUCUAAUCAAGCAAUUCAAACAAGCGACUUUGAGUUUAUUGACCUAUAUCCCUAUACAGUUGCACAACUGAACGCAAGUAAUUCUGAUUUAAAUUUGACACUUUCGAAUGUGAAACCAACAUGUGAUGGUUUAAUGCAGAGUUUUGAAUAUGAGCCAAGUUUAUUUAAUGCUUAUUCAAUAGUUCAUUCAGAUAGCCUUAUUAGAAGCAGUGAUCUUGCAUUCCUAAGAAAGUGGAAUAAUUUCGAAAUCAAACAACUCAACAAGUACAAUCAACAAAUUAUCCUAAAUGAUAUUUACCUUUCGUAUUACUUUAAUUCAACAACUAAUCAAACCGAUUUUGAGUCUCAACUUCUCCCUUCCACAUGUUCAGUGUGCAUGAGUGAUUUUUGUGGAUAUGAUUUGGAAUUUUCACAAGUUGACUAUUGGAAUAUUCCACAAGCAAUAAUUGUGCUUUCCUAUUUAAUUCUCUUGAUAUUUUCUGGGGUAUAUACUCAACCUUCUAUCAAAAGAAGAAUGGCGAUUCCGUUUCUUCCAAUUGUACUUCUCUAUUUUCAAUUUGCACUUUCAGAUAGUUUGGAACUAAUGUGUUCGAAUGUUCUAGUUACCAUUAUUGGAUUACUAUUGACUUUUGUACUAUUAAGCCAAAUAGCAACCUAUUCCAGACUCUAUUAUUUGAGAAAUUUGUAUAAUCUAUUUUCAAAAUCAAAGCAAGUCAACGCUCGAUUAAGUGGAACAAUUCCAGGAUUAAUUUUGACCGUAGUAAUUCCAUUUUUCCUCUCAUUCAUCUUUGCUUUACCUUAUAGCUCAGUUACUUUGGAUGUUUCUCAACCUAAAAAGUUAAUAUUUAACAUUGCACUUGCCUGUUACAUUGGAAUUUGUUGUAUUAUUGGACUUGUUGUAAUAUCAAUUGAUGGAAUAAUCAACCGUAAAAGGUGGAGAGAAAAGGGAAUUGCCUACAUGCUCUUUUUCGAUGAUCCAUUCCUAGUUCGAAUCGAUAUGAUGUUACUUUCACUUUGUUUGAUUUUAAUCAUCUUGAUUGGAACUGUUGGAUCACUGAACAGACAUCUUUCGUAUUUCCUUAGAACUAUGAUAUUUUUAUUUUGUUGUUUCAUAUCUGGAGGACAAUGUAUUGUGAAAUAUUCUAUUGAUAGAUUGACCAGUUGGAAGAAUGAAAGUAAUGAAUCAGUAUUUGCUACCAAAUUUGAGGAAUAUAUGAAACAUGACGAUUUCAAAAAGAUUAUGAGAGAAUAUACUGUGAAAGAACUUUCAUUGGAAAAUUACAAUUUCUUCCUCGUUUUGCAAGAUUUGAAAACGAAAUCGAAUAGAGCACUCACAUUGCAACAAAUGAUUGAUGUGGAAAAGGAGUAUUUAUCACCAGUUGGAUCUUUCGAAUUGAAUGUUUCGUCAAACACCAAAAAAUCAUUUCACACUUUAAAGAAAACUGUUACGGAGAGUUCAUCAUCAACACUGGAUACAGCAUCUACUUCGACAACUUCCAUUGAAUUAGAUUCCACUAGUUCGAAAGCUACAAUCAAAAUUCAAGAUUUGGUCACUGUAUUCGAAUAUGAAGUUUUGGCAAAUUUACAUGACACAUUUUCUAGAUUGGAAAAGACAAAUGAAUUUACUACAUGGUUGCAAGUUUACACUAUUCAAAAACAAAAUAACAUUAUUUAA